CCGAGUAACUGGGAAAUUACAUCGAAUACAUAGUCUCGCCGUUGUCGAAAAAAUAAGAAUAUAAAAAGGUUUUUGGAUGUAGAAAAAAAGUAAGAACGCGAGUGAAAUUAAUAGAAUUAAUUGCGAAACUAUGGGGAAAUGUAGAAUAUCUGCAUUACGCCCUUGAAAAUGUUGCAAUAACGAGUUAAGAAUCGAAACUAAACAAGUCAUUUUGUGCGAAGUGAAGAGGAAGAAGAAGCAAGCAAAAAUUAUUUCGAUAUUUUUGGUCUGCAGCCCAAGUUUUUGUGCUGAAUAUUAAUUGUACAUAUUGUUGAAGUUAUUUUUUUGGAAACCUCAAAAAGUUCACCUGCAAAAAUACUAAUGGUGUACAAGUAGAGAGUUAAGAGGCAAGAAAAUUGCAUUUCCGAAAGCUGCUUCUUGGGCGUGCUGGUGGUGUUGUGGAUUUGUUGGUUUUUCAGUGGCACAAAAAGACGCAAAGAUAGACGCGGUGUGGGGUUGGGCAUCUGCCCCGCUGCGCUUGGCAGCGAAUAGAAUGGGCGAUCCGCUGCUGCCCGGUGCAAAUGGCGGUGCGGGCGCUACGGCUGGUGCGGGUGGCGUUGAUCGUCCACAAUCACCAGCACGUAUGGCCCACACCUCUGACAAGCACCCCAAAGUUACACUGUCGGAAUUGAAUAUGCUACGGCGUCAUCGAGAGCUAUGCGAUGUUGUCCUUAAUGUUGGCGGACGAAAAAUCUUUGCUCAUCGGGUCAUAUUAUCCGCCUGUUCGCCAUAUUUUCGCGCCAUGUUUACCGGCGAAUUGGAGGAGUCCCGCCAAACGGAAGUCACCAUACGCGACAUCGACGAAAAUGCCAUGGAACUGUUAAUCGAUUUCUGUUACACAGCUCAUAUUGUUGUCGAAGAAUCAAAUGUCCAGACAUUGCUGCCGGCAGCUUGUUUGCUACAGCUUGUCGAGAUUCAAGACAUCUGUUGUGAGUUCUUAAAACGGCAAUUGGAUCCCACCAAUUGCUUGGGUAUUCGUGCAUUUGCCGACACACAUUCGUGUCGUGAACUCCUACGCAUUGCUGACAAAUUUACCCAGCAUAAUUUCCAAGAAGUCAUGGAAAGUGAAGAGUUUCUACUACUGCCCGUGGGUCAAUUGGUUGAUAUCAUAUGCAGUGAUGAAUUGAACGUGCGAUCAGAGGAACAAGUCUUCAAUGCUGUAAUGUCCUGGUUGAAAUAUAAUAUAGCAGAUCGCAGACAACAUUUAGCUCAGGUUUUGCAACAUGUCCGUCUUCCACUUCUAUCACCUAAAUUUCUGGUUGGUACCGUUGGUUCCGACUUGCUUGUCCGCUCCGAUGAAGCAUGCCGUGAUUUAGUUGAUGAAGCCAAAAAUUAUCUCCUGCUUCCACAAGAACGUCCAUUAAUGCAGGGCCCACGCACACGUCCACGCAAGCCCACACGUCGCGGUGAAGUCUUGUUUGCCGUGGGUGGUUGGUGUUCGGGCGAUGCCAUUGCUUCCGUCGAGAGAUUUGAUCCACAAACCAAUGAUUGGAAGAUGGUAGCGCCAAUGAGUAAACGCCGUUGCGGCGUUGGUGUCGCUGUACUCAAUGAUUUGUUGUAUGCUGUUGGUGGCCAUGAUGGUCAAAGUUACUUGAAUAGUAUUGAACGUUACGAUCCACAGACAAAUCAAUGGUCUUGCGAUGUAGCGCCUACUACAUCAUGUCGAACCAGCGUUGGUGUGGCCGUACUCGAUGGAUUCCUAUAUGCUGUGGGAGGGCAGGAUGGAGUGCAGUGUUUGAACCACGUUGAACGCUAUGAUCCCAAAGAAAACAAAUGGUCAAAGGUGGCUCCCAUGACUACUCGCCGUUUGGGCGUUGCUGUUGCCGUAUUGGGUGGUUAUCUUUAUGCCAUUGGUGGGUCUGAUGGCCAAUGUCCUUUGAAUACUGUUGAACGUUAUGAUCCCAGACAAAACAAAUGGGUGGCUGUUAGUCCUAUGUCCACAAGACGCAAACAUUUGGGCUGUGCUGUUUUCAAUAACUAUAUUUAUGCUGUGGGCGGUCGUGAUGAUUGCAUGGAACUAUCAUCAGCCGAACGUUAUAAUCCACAUACAAAUACUUGGAGUCCCAUUGUGGCAAUGACAUCAAGACGUAGUGGUGUUGGCUUAGCUGUUGUUAAUGGGCAACUUUAUGCUGUUGGAGGUUUUGAUGGUUCAGCUUAUUUGAAAACCAUCGAAGUUUACGAUACAGAAACAAAUCAGUGGCGCCUAUGUGGGUGCAUGAAUUACAGACGCUUAGGUGGCGGUGUUGGUGUUAUGAGAGCUCCUCAAACUGAGAAUUAUAUGUGGAUACGCAAAGAUUCUGUUGUUUGAUUAGGAAUGGACACCAGCAGCAACGAAUCGAAAAAUAUUUAUAUAACAAAUCUAUAUAAAUAGAUGUGAAGAUAGAAAGCGAGCGAGCACUACACACAUACAUAUAUUUAAUGAAAUCAAAAAGCAAACGCAAGAAAGCAAACGAAUCAUUACAGAGUUUAACAAAUGAAGCAAGAAGAAGAAUAGAAAAAAAGAAUUAAAAAAAAAACAACAAAAGAAUAUUAUCUAUUUAGUGAAUUCUUUACAGAAAUCGCUGUAAUUUGUUAGUUGAACCUCUCAACAUAUGUAACUGGAACGCAAAGAAUAAAAAAAAACAUAGAUUUAAAAGCGUUUAUGCACAGCAGCAGCCAAAUCUUUUAAAGAAAACAAAAGACAAAAAGAAAUUCUCAUGAAAUUAUUCAAACAUGGCAAACGAUCAAGCAUGUCCCGUAGAUUAUGAGAUCUUUGAAUUUUCUUGCAGAUCUUUCAGUUUACGGGACAUGCAUUGCUCCAGGAAUUAUUUAAGAAAAAAACCUAAAACAAAAAUUGCACUAAAUGUUCAUAUGAUUAUGACUAAAAAUUAUUUAAGCUAUUACUUUAAAAUAAACAAAAAGAAUCAAAGCCAAGAAAAACAAACAGAACAAAACAUUUUAAGAGUAUCUGAACUGCCUUCUCCUUAUGAAUCUAAAACACAAAACAAAACAAAAAAUAAAAAUAACAAUGAUGAUCAAUGAAAUAACCCUAAAAUUAUCCCAAAAACAAAGAACGAAAAAGCAUCAUUUUCAUCCAUAACAAAGCCUAACAAAACGAGCAUUAUUUUAUUAUGCAACCAAGUUUUUUCCUAAAUUUUAAGUUGGUAUCUCAUAUAAGUUAAUUUAGUAUGUAUUUAAAGAAUAUGAAAGUAAGAAAUUGUUUUAAUUUUAAGUAUUGUAGAUUUUUUCAGUAACUAAUUCGCUAAAGUUCUCUUUUUGAGUGUUUUAACAGGCACUUUAAAUCAUAGGAAAAAUAUAUUACCCAUAAAAACGAAUAAAAUUUAAUAAUAAAUAACUUUA